GAUAACUGGAAGAUAGUUUAUCAAAGUAUAAGGAUUAAACAUCAUACAUAACUUUUAUUCUUCGUUUUGCAACGUGAAAUUUAGAUAAUUACUAUAUACGUCAUACUCGUGUUUGGCAGCAACAUCAAUUAAUCAAAUUCAAUCAUGGCACCUAUAAGUGGAGCCGAUAAAUUAAAGGUGUUUGAAUCAAGAGAUAUAUUACGGGAACGAUCAGUAUCACCCAAUACACCUUUUGAAGAUCUGAAGGCCCAACAAUUGAAAAUUGCCAAGAAUACCAUCAGCAACAGAACAGAUGAGGUAGGAUAUGACGAUCAGGAUGAAGAAGAUAUUGACAAUGACGAUCAUGGCCAUGACGAGGAAGAACAUAAUGGUAAUUCAACUACUCCAGUUUUAUCUCAUAGUUGGGCUCCUUCAAGUACAUUGAAAUCACCACAUUUUCCUAGUAAACCAAAAUUCUUUAAGAGUUCAAGUAUUGCAGUUCCACUUGGAGUACCAAAUGAUGACCAUACAAGAUUAACUAGAACCAGAUCAAAUCCUCAGAUUUCAGUUGAAGAAAUUGGAAAUAUCAAAAACUUCACCAAGAAUUAUAUUAUCCCUGCUGCUAAAUGGGCAUAUUCACCUAUUUCAACUUCAAAAUCAAAGGGGUCAGGUCGAAAUGCAAAACAUAAAUAUAAAAUCGAAUAUAGUGUAUUUAAGCCAUUGAAACAUUUAAGACCUAUUAAAUCAGAAAAGGAUUUCAUUAUUCAUUGGAGAAAAAUCGUUGAAGAUGAAACUAAUGAACAUUUUGAUUUCCCAUCUAAUUUCAUCACUCAAGCAGGGUUUGCCGAUAUAAUCAAUGGAGUUACGAAACUCAUUGAGAUUGAAAAUAUCUUUCCUGAAAGAAUCGCUGCUGGUUCCUCAGGAAGUUAUUUCGUAUAUAAUCGUAAUUUCAAAAAUCGAGAAAUUUUAGAACGAGCAGGGGUGUUCAAACCGAAAGAUGAAGAACCUUAUGGACCUGUCUCACCUAAAUGGACAAAAUGGGCUCAUAGAACGUUCUUCCCCUGUUGUUUUGGUAGAUCAUGUUUGAUUCCAAAUUUAGGUUAUAUCAGUGAAGCUGCUGCUACGGUUAUUGAUCAACAAUUAUUAUCAUAUAUUGUUCCUCAUACUGAAGUUAUUCAAUUAAGAUCACCUACAUUUUAUUAUUCUUAUUUCGAUAAGUCGGAUACUAUAUCGAAAUUACCUCAAAAAGUAGGGUCAUUUCAAAUGUUUUUAAAAGGGUAUAAUGAAGCUAUAAAUUGGUUAAGAUUAUAUCCUAUACCUAAUGAUAUUAAUGGUUUACCUGAGAAUUUAGAAGUUGAAAUUGGUGAAGAUGAGAUUAUUCAAGAUACCCAAUUCAAAUGGUCUAAGAAAAGUAUAGCUCAAUUCCGAGAAGAGGUUGAGAAAUUAGUGAUUUUAGAUUAUAUCAUUCGUAAUACUGAUCGAUCAUUAGAUAAUUGGAUGAUUAAAAUCAAUUGGAAAUUAGUUAAAGAUACCAAACCAAAACUAAAUCAAAAUGGUAAAAAGACGAAGAAAUAUAUCCCCAUUAUUAAAAUCGGAGCCAUCGAUAAUGGAUUAGCCUUCCCCUGGAAACAACCCGAUCAAUGGCGUUCAUUCCCAUUCGGAUGGUUAUUUUUACCAUUAUCAAUCAUUGGUCAACCAUUUUCAUUAAAGACCAGACAUCAUUACUUACCGUUAUUAACGUCUAAGUUCUGGUGGGAACAAACGGUUUCGAAAUUGAAAGAGGUGUUUGAAAAAGAUAAUGAUUUUAAAACUCGACUUUGGCUAAAACAAUUGGCAGUGUUGAAAGGUCAAGCCUUUAAUGUGGUUGAGAUUUUAAAAUUAAGUUAUGCUGGGCCAUUGGAAUUAAGUAGACGAGAGAAUUUAGAAGUGAUUGAUGAUAUAACUUCGAUACCUAGACUGGUAUGUAAUGAUAAAAUGUUACGAGAAAUGCAAUCGAGUGUAUAUGAUUUAGAAGGAUUUAAUACUGGAUAUCUGCCUUAUAAUCCUAAGAUUGAUGAAGAUGAGGAAGAAGAAGAUGAAGACGAAGAAGAUGCCGAUGAAGAAGAAACAGUAGGUGGAGUUUCAAGUGGUAGUACUAUGAAUGAUACUACCCCAUUAUUAUUAGCUGGUUCACCUGAUAUUAAAUCAAAACUGAAGGGAUAUGUUGAAGAAGAUGAUAUUACAGGGUUUGAAUAUAAUUUACAUCAUCCAACUCCAAUGGAAUCUAGUCAUGAUGAAAGUAAUUUAAAUGAUGUUGUGAUUGAAAGAAUCGUCAAGGCGAAUGGCAAUCCUCCGGUAUUUACAUGGUGUUAAUUAGAAAGUUCAUAAGUGUGUUUUUUAUUCAUAUUAAGAUCUAUAAAUGGUUGGUCAUAAAAUUUG